CUGUAGCCUCACGAGGACUACAUCUCCCGGGAUGCUCCACGGGCCCUCCGCGGAUGGUCGUGAAUAUGUAUCAGAAUGUUAAUGAUUAGCUGCUGCUAAAUUUGGUCAAAGAAGUCACCUACACAGAGCGCGUUGUUAGAGCCGUUCCGAGCGGGCGUUCGGCUGUUGGCUGCCUUCUUCCCCCCUCUUACACACUCGUGUAUUAUUUUGAGGUGGUGUUCGCAGAGUUUGAAAGAGAAUUUUAAAAAGCCGCAAGCGUUUCGCUCUUUUAUUUUUAUAAUCCCCUUCAAUUUGGGGCUAAAAAAAAAAAAACAGGAAGGAAGAAAAGGAAAUGAAAUGUGGUAAAAGAAGCUAAAAGGUGCCUUUUAAAAGAUCGUUGCUGUGAAGUGAAAAAUCUCCAGAGAACCCCCAAGCGCCGCGAGACCUCUUCCGAACCAAAGGAGUUUGCGCUCGCUCUCAGGGAAGAAGCGACCAUUCAUUCCGAGGAAUAGCAGCCAAUUAAAAGACAAAUAAAAAAAGUUUGGAGUGGGGCGCGAGCGGGCGGGCGGCGCUCGGCGGGCGCGGGGCUCGGCGGGCGCAGGACGGACGGGUGCCCGCCGCCCUCAGUGACGCCCGCGGGGAAUGCGGAGCCGGCCGCCCGCGCCCAGCCGCCGCGCCUGCCUGCCGCCCGCGUCACGCGAGACCCGCAGGCCCGGGACGCCGCCGCGGGGCCCUCGAAGCGGAUGAGCCGUGCGCCCCUGCCCGGCGCAGCCAACUAAAGCGGCGUGGAUGAUUCGCGACCUGAGCAAGAUGUACCCGCAGACGCGCCACCCGGCACCGCAUCAGCCUGCUCAACCCUUCAAAUUUACAAUUUCCGAAUCCUGUGAUCGGAUUAAGGAAGAGUUUCAGUUUUUACAGGCUCAAUACCACAGUCUGAAGCUGGAAUGUGAGAAACUCGCCAGUGAGAAGACAGAGAUGCAGCGGCAUUAUGUCAUGUAUUAUGAAAUGUCGUAUGGGUUGAACAUAGAAAUGCACAAACAGGCAGAGAUUGUUAAACGACUAAAUGCUAUCUGUGCACAGGUCAUUCCUUUCCUGUCCCAAGAGCAGCAACAACUCCAAGCUCAGCAUUUAUCACAUGGACAUGGUCUGCCUGUGCCUCUGACACCACACCCUUCAGGGCUUCAGCCCCCAGCCAUUCCACCCAUUGGUAGCAGUGCAGGACUUCUGGCCCUCUCCAGUGCACUAGGAGGUCAAUCUCACCUCCCAAUUAAGGAUGAGAAAAAGCACCAUGACAAUGAUCACCAAAGAGACAGAGACUCCAUCAAGAGCUCUUCGGUAUCCCCAUCAGCCAGUUUCCGAGGUUCUGAGAAACACAGGAACUCUACAGACUAUUCUUCAGAAAGCAAAAAACAGAAAACAGAAGAAAAGGAAAUUGCAGCUCGCUAUGACAGUGAUGGUGAGAAGAGUGAUGACAACCUAGUAGUUGAUGUGUCCAAUGAGGAUCCAUCAUCCCCUCGAGGAAGCCCAGCACAUUCCCCCAGGGAGAAUGGCCUAGACAAGACACGCCUCCUCAAGAAAGAUGCCCCCAUCAGCCCCGCCUCUGUUGCAUCUUCCAGCAGUACCCCUUCCUCCAAAUCCAAAGAGCUUAGCCUUAAUGAAAAAUCUACUACUCCCGUUUCAAAAUCCAAUACUCCUACUCCACGAACUGACGCACCUACCCCUGGCAGUAACUCUACUCCUGGAUUGAGGCCUGUGCCUGGAAAGCCACCAGGUGUGGACCCCUUAGCAUCUAGCCUGAGGACCCCAAUGGCUGUACCUUGUCCAUAUCCAACCCCCUUUGGGAUUGUGCCCCAUGCUGGGAUGAAUGGGGAGCUGACCAGCCCUGGAGCUGCCUAUGCUGGACUACACAACAUCUCCCCACAGAUGAGUGCAGCUGCUGCAGCAGCCGCAGCUGCAGCAGCCUAUGGAAGAUCUCCUGUGGUGGGAUUUGAUCCACACCAUCACAUGCGCGUGCCAGCAAUACCUCCAAACUUGACAGGCAUUCCAGGAGGAAAACCAGCAUACUCCUUUCACGUUAGUGCCGAUGGCCAGAUGCAGCCUGUCCCCUUUCCUCCUGAUGCCCUCAUUGGACCCGGGAUCCCCCGACAUGCUCGACAGAUCAACACCCUCAACCAUGGGGAAGUGGUGUGCGCAGUGACCAUCAGCAACCCCACAAGGCACGUGUACACAGGUGGCAAGGGCUGCGUAAAGGUCUGGGACAUCAGCCACCCUGGCAACAAGAGCCCCGUCUCUCAGCUGGACUGCCUGAACAGGGAUAACUACAUCCGUUCCUGCAGAUUGCUCCCUGAUGGUCGCACCUUAAUUGUUGGAGGGGAAGCCAGUACACUGUCCAUCUGGGACCUGGCAGCUCCAACCCCACGCAUCAAGGCUGAGCUGACGUCCUCAGCCCCUGCCUGCUAUGCUCUGGCCAUCAGCCCUGACUCCAAGGUCUGCUUCUCAUGCUGCAGUGAUGGCAACAUUGCAGUGUGGGAUCUGCACAACCAGACUCUGGUGAGGCAAUUCCAGGGCCACACAGAUGGAGCCAGCUGUAUUGACAUUUCUAAUGAUGGCACCAAGCUCUGGACAGGCGGUUUGGACAACACUGUGAGGUCCUGGGACCUUCGUGAAGGGCGGCAGCUGCAGCAGCAUGACUUCACCUCUCAGAUCUUUUCUUUGGGCUAUUGCCCAACUGGAGAGUGGCUUGCAGUAGGGAUGGAGAAUAGCAAUGUGGAAGUGUUGCAUGUCACCAAGCCAGACAAAUACCAGUUGCAUCUUCAUGAGAGCUGUGUGCUGUCACUCAAGUUUGCCCACUGUGGCAAAUGGUUUGUAAGCACUGGAAAAGACAACCUUCUGAAUGCUUGGAGGACACCUUAUGGGGCCAGCAUAUUCCAGUCCAAAGAAUCCUCAUCGGUGCUUAGCUGUGACAUCUCUGUGGAUGACAAGUAUAUUGUCACUGGUUCUGGGGACAAGAAGGCUACGGUUUAUGAAGUUAUUUAUUAAGGACAAAUCUUCGUGCAAACUGGACUCCUCCUUGUAGCACUUUGCGCUGUUGUACUUUUUUUUUCACCCCCCUCUCCUACAUCUAAAACCAAGGAUUUCCAAUACUCAUUGCAGUUGUGGAGUUUAAUCCCUUGCCAUAGCCCUACUUCCUCCUUGCUAUUGAAUUGUGAAUACUCAUUUAAGAACCUGUGAUACCAAAUCUUCAGCUAUCGACUUGGAAGAACAUGGAAUACCUAACAGUGAAUGGAAUCUUUAAUUAUGUAUUAUAUCUGUAAUAUAUUUAUUUUGUUUAAAGAAGGCUUUCUAACAAUGACUGACUAAAUAAAGCUGUGUCCGCUCCUGCAUUGAUAAUGAAGGUGCAUUGUAUUUGAUGUUUUACCCUCUUGCUUUUGGUGAGGGGAGGGGAAAGGAAGGUUUAAAAUAACUGAUUAAAAAAAUGUCACUAAAUGUAGACUAUUGACUGUAUAGAGACAUGAAAUGUAUAAUUACACAUGGAAGCAAUAUGUUGCUGUAUUGUUAUGAGGUUGUUUUGUUUUCUACUUAUAUUGAAAACAUUUGGAAAUUUGGCUGAACAAGUAGAAUAUGACAGGUCAAGUACUUUUCCUUUGAGUCUAUUUGGGCAACUCUAACCAAUAUGUCUAUAACUUUAGAUUAUAUUAAAUAAUUGGAUGUUUUUCUUUUUUUUUAACUUGUUGACAGGUAUCUUUGUAAUAUGUUUUUAAUUCCCUUUUUUAUUGUAUUAUAGUCAGAUAAACAAAUUAAAUUGGGCCUCAAAGAGAGAACUUAAUUUCUUCUAAGUACUUUUGCCAAAUUUCCUGGCAGAGGGAGCUGUGUGUCUCUGGGCAGUUGUGGCAGGCUGUUUUGUGGUGUGCUCUGUAGGAGCUGCAGGUGCAAGAGUGGUGCCUGCCUCCCGCUGGGCAAAGCAAGUCUUUCACAAAAAGAGGCCAACAGAGGAGGCUUUACAGAGCCCACCCUCUGAAAUCCACAAAGAAGAGACUCUCCUGGGAUGACGACUUGUUUUCUUUACCUCUGGUUCUUUCCAUGUCUUAGUUGGAUGUCCCCGAAAUGGACACAGGCUGUGCCAUUGUGCCAGAAACAUUGUGUUAUCUUUUAUGUUGUUGUCGUUGCUGUUAAACUAUAACAUGUGACUCCUUUUUUAUUAUUAUUUUUGUUUGAAUGCUUUAAAAAGAUCUUUUAAGUCUGUGGAUCUGCUGAUGUACAGUGCCUUUGCUGCUAUGGAUCAAAAUCAAAAGAACUGUGUAGAUAAACUUUAUUGUAUAAGUAGAAAAUCACUUAAUUUCAUACUAGAAAUGGAUGGAUGCUGCAAGUUGAAAUGGACUGUCAUUGACGUUCUUCGUGUGGUAGCAAAAAAAAUGGUGUCUUAAGUGCUUAGUGUUUGAUGUCAUUAACAGUUUCAUAAAACUCUACAGUGUAGAAAGAUUUUGAUACUAAACUGUGCAUUGUACAUAGUUCUAACGCAUUGUAUUGGCCACCAGUACUUCUAUGAUGGUAGAUUGUUUGUGCAUUCAGACUUUUAAGCAUUAAACAUAAAUAACUUCUAGAAUGCUUAUUUUUCUAAUUUUUUUUUUUUACUAAUUUCUUUGUCUAUGCCACUCCCUAUAUUAAAAAUCAUUAGUUACAUUCAA